CAAAUCUUUUUGUUUCAAUAAUCUAUGAAUAAUAAUUGAGACUGUGUGAAAGCUCAGUUAGUUAAUUUUACUUGAAGAAAUAGAAAGGCUGUCUGUGUUAGGCCAGCUUGUGUGCUAACAAACAGUUAGCCUGUUAGCUUUCCUUUUAAAACAGAUUAACAGACUGCCGGUGUUAAUCUAACACUGUCUGUUGAUAGCUUAACAGACUAAUCGGUUGCGCUAUUUAGCAUAUUAAUCUAUGACGUAUUGGUAUAAAUUCGGCAUUGUAAACGGCGAUUCUAUAACAAGAUUAUAACUUUUGUCGUGUGUAGUGACGGGUUUACACACGACAUGCUAAGUUAGCUCUGUCUGCUAACAGUUUUCUGAUUUGCGAGGCCACUUGGCAUAUUCAGAAUUGCUCAGAAAAACAAACUAUUGAAAUAAUUAAGACUGCUUUUUAACUUACUUUAUUGUUUUGUUUUAUAUUUUAUUUUUUUGUGUGGAGAUGAGAUGGACCCGGAAGUGUCGACAGUGUGUUUCAAAAUACUCAACUAUGACUUUUUAAAUUAUUUAGCAAAUAUGUAUACAUUCAGUUUAGUAAUGUUGUUGGAAAUAAGUAUUAUUAGACUGUUUUCCUUCGAAUUAAAACGACAAAAGUAAAGAAUUAUAAUUCGUAACAAGACGCUGUCCUCACCGAGCUAAUAUGCUAACAUAAAAGCUCUUUUCUCCUUUGACAUUUAAAGUAAAGUUGUUUUAUCCAAACAGAAAGCUGGGCUAUAAUCUGAACAUAGAAACGUAAACAAGCUCUUUGGUGUGUUUUAUUUUCUUUUUUUCUUCUGUUUUGAAUAUCUGUUAAUCUGCUAAACUGUGAUUAUUUACACAAAGAAAACUAUAAAAUGAAUUGAUUUUAAGUAAUAUUUGUAAAAACUUUAUUAUAAUGUGAAUUGAAUGGCUCUUUUUAAAACAGGCGCAUAAAGUAUGGAGUGUUAUGCUUGGGAAAUGUUUCUGUCCCUGAUCCUGGUAACGCUGUGCACCAAAGGAAAAGCUGAUUUCACCUGCUUCAGCUCCAGUUCCUCAGAGGCUAAAGACAUUACACUCAUCUAUGACAAACACCAUGACACGAGGAACCUUUGGGAGCGAAACACUUUGGAGCUGGCUCCCUGUGACUUCUCCUCCAUCUUCUCCUCUAAAUGCUCCGUGUGCCUCAACGACUCGGCCAGACCAGAGACCGUCCUCCUGGUUCUGUGGAACCUCACUGGCAGCGAGGAGCUACGAAUGGAGGGAGUAAAUGGAAAACUCUUCUUCAACCAGAUUGACUGUCCUCGACCCGAACCCAACAGAACCACUGAACCUGUAACAAAACAGAAAUCCGGCUUCUCCACACCAGGCGGCUCUGAAUCAAACAAUCAAAGAGGACGGAUUGGACUCUACAUUUUUCUGGGCUGCUUCAUCCCUCUCCUCCUCUUCCUCAUCUGGUUGGCACAGAAACGCCAUAAAUCCCAGAAGACUCCAGCUGACGGAUCCAGCAGCAUCUCAUCUGAUCCAGAAAGCGGUUCUGAACUGAUCAAUACGCCUAGAGAUGGACCUGGUGUCUAAACGACCACUUCCUGUAAGUUUAUUUCCUUUGUUUCUAAACACUUGGACUGAAGUUGCUGCAGCCAGUUAAUAGUUUCAGAGGGAAGAACUCGUUCAUUUGGUUUAGUUUACCUCUGAUUAAUGCUUAACCUGAUUU